GUGUCCCUUCAAAGAUGGCCUUGCAUAUAAACCGUGCGUUGAUGGCGACAUAGACCCAACGAACCGACCCGACUCCUCUUUGUCCCGUCUUAACCUUCACCAAGCACCACUUUUGCAAUGACGGUUUCUACGAAGGUCCCCAAGCUCUUCCAACCUCUCAAGGUUGGCCGGAUGGACCUCCAACAUCGCGUCGUUCUUGCUCCUCUGACGCGAGUUCGUAAUCAUGCGAACCAUGUCCCUGGUCCGGAACUUACGACAUAUUACGCUCAACGUGGAAGCACCCCCGGCACGCUCCUCGUCUCCGAGGCAACGUACGUUGCCCCUCAGGCAAAGGGCACGCCUUUUGCGCCAGGCAUUUGGAAUGAGGAACAGAAGGAAGGGUGGAAACAUAUCACCGACGCUGUGCAUGCCAAAGGCUCCUUCAUCUACCUCCAACUCUGGGCACAGGGGCGGACCGCCCACCCACAGGACCUCGCAUCUACAGGGCACGAUCUCGUUGCUCCGAGCGCUAUCCCCUGCGUCGAUAUGACCGGCCAGCUCUCGGCCGUCCCUCGCGCGCUUACGAUCCCCGAAAUCAAGGAAUAUAUACGCCUAUACGGCAUCGCUGCUCAGAACGCUAUCGAGGCCGGAUUUGAUGGUGUCGAGAUCCAUGGUGCGAAUGGCUACCUGCCCGACCAGUUUUUGCAGGACGUCAGCAACACACGCACGGACGAGUACGGCGGGAGUAUCGAGAACAGGGCGAAGUUCGUGCUGGAGGUGGUUGAUUCCAUUACGGAGAAGGUCGGCGCGGAUAGGACUGCUAUCAGAUUGAGCCCUUGGGGCAGGUUCCAGUCGAUGGGCAUGGAAGACCCAGUUCCUACCUUCUCCUACCUCGCCUCGCAGCUCGCUGCCCGUGAACUUUCAUACCUACACGUCAUCGAGCCGCGUGCAGACGAAUCAACGCAAGUAUCAGGCACGAAUGACUUCGUCCGCAAGAUAUGGGGUGACCGACCGUACAUCGCUGCGGGUGGCAACACGCGCGACAUCGCACUGCAGGAAGCCGAAGAGAAGGGCGGCAUGUUCGCGUUUGGAAGGCACUAUAUCUCCAACCCCGACCUUCCUCGUCGCCUGAAGGAGAACAUCCCCCUCACGCCAUAUGACCGCUCGAAGUUCUACAUGAUGGGCAGCCACACGCCAGAGGGGUACACCGACUACCCUUUUACACAGUAGAUUUGUGGAUGUUGUUGAACAAUUAGUUUAUUUUGUAUAUAAUCGCCUUUG